UGAAGUUCACCUGACUGUUGGCGCCAAACUGGGUACGUCCGUUCUUCUGUCAUCUUGUUUUCUGCACAGAUUAUUUAGUAAUAUUUGUCAUCAAAGCAUUUGUAUAGUGGUUGAGUGUCUUCUGCAGCAUUUUAUUCACUUCCGAUGCCCUUCCAUAUUCCUUAUAAGCCUGCUUACUAUGAAGUGUCAACUCUUAGAUUGUGACAUCGUUGUACUCAUUCCAUUGUGACACGCCCUGAUCAGGUUUUCUAGCCUUCAAGUCCAAACUACUUAGACUUCUAAAGCUUCUGCUUAUCAUGUGGUUUUUGACUAGCUGAGGUGCGAAUUGAGUUUUCUGAAAUUCAAUAAGUAAUACUGGAUUCAAAGUUGCCCUGUUCAAACUUCCCAUGUAAGCGGUUGACACAUCCAAAUAAUAGCGUUAGCAAUUUCCGCAACGUUUUUGUGAUAUACACCGUAGUUAAGUCUUGCUGUACUUAAAUUAGCCGGGAAGUUUGUAAAGCCACGUUUUGCUAGUAAUCCUUAAAAUGAGUAGUCUUGCCUUAAUUUCUAAGCUUAACUAAAACCAAAAAAGAAGCAUCUUAUUGUUUUUCACAUAUAACCUUUGGUCUAAAUAACCCUGAGAACGUGUCUAUAUAGCCACAGUCACUGGGUACGAUAAUUAUUUUCGAGAUUUGACUUAUGAUUCUCUUUCGUUCCCGUUCGGUAAAAAUGCCCCCUUUCACUACGUCUCCGUUAAUCCUAGGGUUGUUAUGCUUACGCUAUUUAUCUGAAAGCUUUGUUCAACACAUACCACUAUUCUGAUUCAUCUAGCUACAUGGGGUUGCAUUUGUCCCGCCGAAAUGAGCUUGUUUUCUCCAUACUGUCUGAAUCUACAUUGAAGCAUACACACCAUAAGUUACCUGAGGUCGAGCAAAGUUCAUGAUCUAGUCACUUUAUUUAGUUUACUAAAUGUAAAUGAACAGAAACGGUCUCAAGAUGCUUAAAAUAAUUCGGUUCUGUAACUUGCAAUAGGAUGUAGAGUUGGUUCAAUUUCGGGAGCAAUCGGUGAUCCAAAAAACUAGUAACUUAAACUAAAUCAAAGGGAAAAAUGAACAACUAGGAAUAUUGGUUCUAUAAGAAAUGAGAAUUUUCAGCUCUAACCAGACAUACUUGUAUAAAUUGGAUAUAUAUUCACUCCUAUAUUGUGAAAAUGCCCAACUCUUUUCCAAAUAGAGUGCGGCUUUUCAAUGAUCAUGAUACAAUUUCCAGUCAAUAGGUCACAAGCUUGAAUCCCACUUCAUUUUGAGUAUUUGGUAGUAUACUACACCUCACAGAAUAUGGCUAAAUUGAGUAAGUAAAUCUGCAUCGAACAUCGUACAGGUAAUACGUCACCAUUGAUGGCUUUACAGAAAUCAUCUGGAUUCAGUAACUGCUUAACUGAAAUAUUUUGUUUCCCAUGAUGACUGGUGUUCUGAAUAAUGUGUCUCACGUUGGCAACGGGACUUCUAAUGCUUCUAUCAAAGCAGAAGUAGAAGACGACAUCCCUUUAUCUGAAAAGUUAAAGCGAAGUAGAAUGCAUUCGUCCUCUAGCGAUGACGAUGAUAUUCCUCUGUCUGCCAAAUUAGCCCAGAUGUCCAAAAAGCCAAAAUUGGAACCUCCAGUUUCUCCACAGCCUCGUAAUAAAAGCCAAGGUGAUCAAAGAAAAGAACAUUCAAAGUCUUCAAAUGAAAAGAUUAAAAAAGAAAAUACACUUAGUUCUCCUAGCAAAGUUAGAAAGCAUGAAAAACCUGAAGAGGAAGUUUGGAGGUGGUGGGAAGAGCAAAAGAAAGAUGACGGUGUCAAGUGGAAAUUCUUAGAACAUAAAGGUCCACUUUUCGCCCCUCCUUAUGAACGCUUGCCUAGCUCUGUUCAUUUUCACUAUGAUUCCAAACCUAUCAAGUUAUCGGAUCUUGCAGAAGAAGUUGCAGGGUUUUACGCACGUAUGUUGGAUCAUGAUUAUACCACAAAGGAAGUGUUCAACCACAACUUCUUCCGUGACUGGGUGAAAACAAUGAAUGAAGAAGAACGUCGAACCAUUAAAUCCCUUAGCAAAUGCGAUUUCCGCGAAAUGCAUCAAUAUUUUCUUAAGUUAAGUGAAGAAAGAAAAAACCGAACUAAGGAGGAAAAACAGAAGAUAAAGGAAGAAAACUUACAAAUUCAAAAUGAAUAUGGCUACUGCAUAUUGGACGGACACAAGCAAAGAAUCGGGAAUUUCCGUAUUGAACCUCCAGGCCUAUUUCGAGGCCGUGGCAACCAUCCUAAAAUGGGCAUGUUAAAAAAGCGUAUUAUGCCUGAAGAUGUCAUCAUUAACUGCUCAAAAGACUCAAAAGUUCCUGCUCCUCCAAAAGGUCACAAGUGGAAAGAAGUAAGACAUGACAACAGUGUUACUUGGCUGGCAUGCUGGACUGAAAAUAUCCAAAAUAGCUUCAAAUACAUAAUGCUGAAUCCAUCCUCUCGUCUUAAGGGUGAAAAAGAUUGGAAAAAGUACGAAACUGCUCGUUGCCUACACAAGGUAAUCGACAAAAUUAGAGCAGACUACCGAGCUGAUUUCAAACACAAAGAAAUGCGGAUACGCCAGCGGGCUGUUGCACUAUAUUUUAUCGAUAAGUUGGCUCUUCGUGCUGGGAAUGAAAAGGACGAGGAUGAAGCUGAUACUGUUGGUUGCUGUUCACUUCGCUACGAACACAUAAAACUCCAUGAAGAGUUGAACGGACAACCUUAUGUUGUUGAAUUCGAUUUUUUAGGUAAAGACUCUAUUCGCUAUCAAAAUGCUGUAUCCGUUCCCAAACGCGUCUUCAAGAAUGUCAAACUAUUUCUGAAGAACAAAAAAGAAAAUGAUGAUUUAUUUGAUCGACUUAAUACGAGUGUCCUGAAUCAGUAUUUACGAGAACUUAUGGAUGGUUUAACUGCCAAAGUAUUUCGUACGUACAAUGCAAGUCGAACUCUGGAAGAGCAGUUGGAACGGCUUACCAAUCCUGAUGAUCCUCCUCAUGCUAAACUUCUGGCAUAUAAUCGAGCAAAUCGAGCAGUUGCUGUUCUCUGUAACCAUCAGCGUUCAGUUCCGAAAUCUUUUGCAAAAUCAAUGGAGAAUUUACAGAAAAAAAUCGAUGCAAAACGUGAGCAAAUUUCGGAAAUAACUUCUGAAGCUAAACAAAUAAAAGCAGAUUACAAAAAUCACAAACAAGCAUCCAAGAAGGUCGCUUAUGAAAAGCUGAAGAAACGCUUAGCAUCUGCUAAAGAGGCUUUAUCAAAAUUGCAGCUUCAAGCAACUGAUCGAGAUGAAAAUAAAGAGAUCGCUCUCAGUACAAGUAAACUGAACUACCUCGAUCCUCGGAUUUCAGUUGCUUGGUGUAAAAAGUAUAACGUUCCUAUUGAGAAAAUUUUUAACAGAACUCAAAGAGAAAAAUUCCAAUGGGCAAUAGAUAUGGCUACAUGUGACUACAAGUUUUUAGACGUUGAUUCAGAUAGAAGUACAAACAAACUCAAAGCUGAGGAAAGUGAUGAUGAAGAUAUGAUUGACGACGAAGACUGAGCAAGAAAAGAAAAUACUUCCAUACAAUGUUUCCAACAUUAGUCUAUUUCAUAAUCUUAAUUGUAUGAUUAUGUUAAAGUUGUUAACUGGUUCUACUCUAAUAUGAGUAAUCUCCACGUGUAUUUUUGUCAGGUCACAAAACUCCAAUGUAAUUUUAUCCUGAAGCGUUUACGGCACAUUUGUGUCCUCUUAUGUUUUUUGUACUAAAUUGUCUCUUCUAAACUCAUCAAAUAUACUGGAAACCUUUUCAAACAAAUCCAGACGAUUUCGCUUUCUUGAUAACCAUGUAGGAAUUUUGCAAUGUUAUACUUAGUAUAUUAUGAUGUUAUAGUGGCAACAUAUACCACUAAUUAAUAAUAAAUAUUCGCAGCUAUAGCUAUCUUUCACCAUUCUUUGUGAAUGAAUAUAAUGUAUUUUCACGAAAAAUGAGUUUAUCAUGCCUUCAAAUCUUUGAAUGAAAUACCUUUUACGACUCUGAAGGUAGUUGUUUCACUUCAGGAUUUCUAUUACUUUCCCGUUUUUCUUGUAUUAGCUUUAUCAUGCAUUCACUUAUUGUAUGGGAUCUAUGUACGUAUAAUUUAGUGUGAAGCCACAUUAUCUUUACUCGAUCAUUUGUGUUUUUAUGUAUUUACUUAUUACUGAUUUUUCAUGAUAGUUCAUUUACGGAAACCUUGGUGUUAUUACAGUAAUGAAUUUUGUUGUAUUCAUUUUGAAUAUACUGUUCAUGUGAUAACCUGUUAACCAUUCUUUUCCCCUGGAUUGUUUAGAGUAGCUUCGUAUGGGUCCUUAACAUAUUAACUAUAGUUACGUACAUAUUAGGUACCUCAAUAAUCAUUGAUAUCACAGUACUUUUAAUUCACGAUGUAAUAUAUUGUAUGCACCCUUUCUUCCUUCCAUAUCGAAUAAUCAUGGAUAAAAAGUGACGGUAUCGGUAUGCCAUACCCUUUAACAGUUCAGCACAUGAUUACUAUCCGGACUACACAUUUUAUACUAUCGAAACAUGUUUAUGCUCAAAUAGUCACUGAUAAUUUAUUUACAGGGAUUUAUUGAUGCAGCUAUUUUAGACUACUUCACUCCCUAUCCUUAGUUCAGAUGUUCAUGCAGGCCAGUCUUGAAGCAACAACUUGGAUUUGGAGGGGGAGAAAUGCAUCUCAAACAUUCUGGCAUUGUUGCUCAGUGCUACCAAAACUCCGCAUUUUAUCAGCGUCCUCACCAAACAGGACCAUACCAUCUGUGAAUUCUAGGUCAAUAAGUGAACCUCCUGGAAAGGGAUCGAUUCCCGAAAAUUCAGACGACGAGAACGUUAUUUCCGGCAGUAGGUCUUUGACGAAAUUAAACAAAAACAGGUAGUGGACAGCCUUGACGGACACCACUUGAGGUUGCCAAAUUAGAUCACAGUUCUCCAUAAGUUCUUACUCGACUAGUGGUGUUUGAGUAAAGAGCCUUCGCAAGAUUUAUGUACUUGUGAGGUACAUCUUUCAAUGACAAACAUUGCCACAGAACCUCUCGGUCUACAGAGUGAAAUGUUGCUUUUGAGUCAAGAAAAACUAUCAUUGUCGGACGCCGAUAAGCAUGCAUGUGUUCUAGUAUCUGACGAAUGGUGAAUAUGUGGUCGAUACAGACACGACCAGGUCUGAAGCCAGCCUGGAUUCCUCGUGUUUGCAUUUCACGAGUCUUUGUCAGGCGUCCGAUAAUUACUGAGGUUAGUAUUUUAGAUGCUACGUUAGUCAAACUAAUCCCUCUAUACUUACCACAGGAUGAUUUCAGCCUUUUCUUUAUGUAUUGGGACUCAGUGAUUGCGACCAGUCAGAUCGGAUUACAGCCAAUUCACAAAUUUUAGCUAAAAUAUUAGUCAACCUAAUCGCUAAGACUGGACCACCAUACCUGAAGACCUCUGGAGCCAAUCCAUCUGGACCAGCUGCUCUUCUUUGUUUGUUUGGGAAUGGUGGGUAGUUGUAGAGUAGCUCAAGGCCAGCUGAACUGCUCCUUAGAGUGUUCCAAACGUUUGGGCUGAUAGCAUAUAAGAGUGUCCUCGUUUUCCGAGAUAGUUUCAUUUACACUUGACUUCUUAAUUCUAGUUUCUUUUAUUAGUCUGAAAAGCUGUCUGGUGUUACCUACAGCUACUGUCUAUUCCAUCUCUUUUGCUUUCGUUGCCCACCACUACUCACGGUCGUUCCUUAGACUUUUGCUUACCCAAGAUCUGAUAUUUCAUCGCUCUUCGUGUUGAGUCUGAUGGGAUGAGUUUACGAGAAUCCAUCAGUGCAAUAGACCUUGAGGAAAUCCAUUGGUUCUUUGUAACCCUGUAGUUUAAAUCACUAACAGAUGUCGCUGCUGUUCCCAUAGCUGCUUGUGUAUCUUUCCAAGCAACAUCUGGGUCAGCCUUGUUUUCAGAACUACCUAUGUGUGACCUCAGUUGUUCCUGGAAUAUGCCUUUGGCCUUCUCAUCGUUGAGUUCAACUCUAAUGGGUCUCCUUAGUAUGACCUCUGCGUUUAGUGAGGCGCAAGCAAAUACGUGCUCGUAUUAGAGCUUGGUCAGAGUCUAAACAUGUACUCCGAGACGAUUGGCAGUCUUCUAUUGAGCCUCUCCAACGAUGACUAAUGGCAAUGUGUUCUAUCUGAGUCCAUCCUUGGUUUGGUGCAGGAGGUUGCCAUUGUCCCGAUAAGCAUAAUGAAUGGUAACUUUUGUGAUCCAUUUAU